AAAAAAAAAAAAAAAAAAAAACAGAAAAAAGAGGCUUUUUGGCUGCCCCUCCUGAUCGUUCCGACAAUUUUGCGCAAAAUGUCCAAGUCAACUCUCGCCGGGGCCGCGUCCGAAAAGGGUUCCAACAACACAAACGCGGCUCUUGGAGAUGAUGUCCCCGGGCUUUCCGAAACAUUACAGGGACAUGUCGAUGAUAUCCGCUCACUCUUACAAUGUGGUAUUUGCAUAAGGCCACUUGUUUAACGUCAUGGUUUGCUGGCGGGAGGAAGAAUAAAACAUGCCCCGAUUGCCGAGCUCCGGUCAAAACACCACCUGCCCCUGCAUACCUGGUCCGUGCGGUCGUCCAACUAUUUACGAGUCGUGCAGAGCUCUUAGAAAAAGGGGAGACGACGGCCGAGCACACGCGCCAUCAGCGCGAGGAAGCUGAAAAGUUAGAGCAUGAUAAGAAGAACCCCCAUCCCAAAGAAGGCGGAUUAUUCCGGGGUACAUUUAACAAAAAAACCCCAACUGCGCAGCCCAUCGUUGACCUGGAGGACAAUGUCGUUCGCUGCCCGCGGUGUUCAUGGGAGCUGGAAGAAGACUCGAAUUGCGCACAAUGUGGAUACCGACAAGAUGAAGAGUCGGUGACAGAUACAUCGGAUUUAACCGAUUCAACCGGUUCAAUCUCAACCGAUUCGGAGGAGAAUUCUGAGAUGACAGAUUACAUGGAUGACGAACUCGAAGAUGGAUUCGGCGAAUUAGACGAUGUCGAUUGGAACGGUUUCUAUGAUGGGGUUCCUAUUGAGGGGAGGGCUGAAGAUCUUCCCCAUCAUCUAUACAGCAUCAUUCGCCAUUAUCAUCACCACUCUCCCCCGCCUCACUCACACCGCCCUGUCUUUGCGCGCAAUAGCCACUACGAUGAAGCGUCUUCAACUGCUCAUCAAACCGAAGAAUCGACUGACGACUACUCGGACGACACAGACAUGGACUCGUUUAUUGACGAUGAUGAACACAACGAGCAGGAUCAUGACUCAGACUCAGACAGAUCUACGGUAGUCGGGGGUCCUGAAAUCCGAUACUCGCCUGAUCGAUAUAAUGUCCGGUUGGGCUCAGAGGUAACAAUGUCUCAGGCCGACGACCGUACCGAUGAUUCUUUGAGUGGCUUCGAGAUCCCAGAUAGCGAAGAGGAUGAAGAUGAAGAUGAAGAAGAUGAUGAAGAUGAUGAAGAUGAUGAGCCUAUCCGGCCUCCUGUAACGGGGAAUCGUCGCCGCCAGUUUCCAGCUCCUAGUGGGGCUUCAGGCUUCUCUGUUUUUGCGAGUCGAAUUCGGCAAGCUCCGAACGUGAAUCCCUACGCGAUGCGCCGGCAGGCAUCGCGUAGUCAAAGUACAAACACAGCAGGAACUUCCGCCUCGAAUGCAAUAACCCUGGACGAUGAUUCUGACGAGGGCCCAGUUCGACCAUUCCGAAGGAAUUGUCGACAUGUCGCUCGUUGACAAUUUUUUAACCUUAUAUCAGAUACGAUUUGACGAUAAUCCCGGAUCAUUUUAAGGCGAAUCUUAUAGGACUCGUUGCCUAUAGCUUUUUCAAGGGAUGAUAGGAGUAGGGCAGAGAACGGAACAGGCUGCAUUAAUGCGGCCACAUCAGGGCGUGCGUUGCAGAGUUCGACAUCCGUGUACUGGACUUUACUGGCUUAAAGGAUAUCUCUGGUCAGGAUUCUCGAUCACGCCCGACUAAGCCUAGCUGUUAUAAUUACACUUGAAGGGUUUGAAAUAUUAGGUCCCCAAAGGUAUAUGAGACUGGUACUGGCAGGGAGAAGGCUUUUCGCUCCACCAUCCACUAUUUGGCUCCAAAAAAAGAGUUAAAAAAAAAAAAAGAUAGAGAGAGACCACACACAUUCUAUACCCUAGCUACUUUCUGCGUGAUUCCUUUCUGGCUACCUUGUGCAUUGGUUAGUUAGUCUUUUUUCUUUCUUAUCUUAGCGGGCUUCUUUUCCCACGCCAACUUUAGCAUGUAUGUAUCAACACCACUACUAGUUUGCGCUUCAGGCAUUGCUACUAGUACAUCAUGGGACCAAACAUGAUGAGAUUUUCUAUUAAGACAAAUAUGCCUCUCAGGGCCUACAUUAGUAGCUUCACGCUAAUUAUAGCUGAUAUGCUUA